AUGCGCGUCCUGGUAGGCGACGAGACCGGCUUGCUCAAGUCCAUUGAGCUGGAGAAGAACGAGCAGCGCGUGCUGUCCAGCCGCGCUCAACCGCAGGCGCGCGCCGGAGGCAUCCAGCGUCUGUGCUGGUACGCGGACGAGCGCGAGGCCGCCAACUUCCAGCGCAACGUGGUGCUGGCGCGCGCCGACGGCGUCGUGGAGAGCUACGAGGCGAAAGGACGCGCUGCGUGGGCCUCGACGUUAUCCACAAGUUCGGCUCGGUGGUGCAGUGCUCCGACACGGGCGACGUGCUGGCUGGAGGCUGCGAACCAGACGGCGAUCGGCGUGGGCGGCAAGGAGCACGACCUGAACCUGUGGUCGCUGGAGACGCAGCAGGUGCUGUUCAAGGCCAAGAACGUCACGCACGACAAGCUCGACAUGCGCGUGCCCGUGUGGGUCAAGGACCUGCGCUUCCUGUCCACGCCCGGCAACAGCAACGGCCACCGAGUGGUUGUGGGCACUGGCCACCGCCACGUCAGGAUUUACGACACGAACACCAAGCGGCGGCCAGUGCAGCAGCUCGACAACUUCGGCGAGAACCCCAUCCAGUCGCUCUGCGUGUCGCCCGACGAGACGCGGGUGUACGUGGGCGACACGGCAGGCAACUUGGACAUCUUGGACCUGCGCACGCUCAAGCACAUGGGCCGCUGCACGGGCCCCGUGGGCUCCAUUCGCGACAUCGCAUGCCACCCGACGCUGCCCUACAUCGCGGCGGUGGGACUCGACCGCAUGGUGCACAUCUUUGACAUCAACACGCGCAAGUAUCGCCACACGAUCUACGCCAAGCAGAGACUCAACAGCGUGCUGUUCUGCGCGGACGGCCUCAAGGACAUCCCGAUUGCGGACGAUGAGCCUGCGCGCAAGAAGCGGAAAUCUGAAGACGACGAGAUGGAGUUCGGCGAUGACGACGACGAAGAGGAGGAAGAGGCGUACGAGGGUCUCGAGAUUAGCGACGAGGAGGAAGAAGACGACGACGACGACGACGACGAUGCUGAAGAAGAGGAGUAA